AUGCUCUACACACACGCAACCAUCAUCACCGUAGACCCCUCCCGACGAAUUAUCGAGGAUGGGGCCAUCCACGUCGUGGACGAGCUAAUCGCCGACUUGGGCAAGACGGACAUCCUCCGAGCCAAGUAUCCCACUGAAGAGGAGUACGACCUGAGCGGCCGCAUCGUCAUCCCCGGCCUCGUCUCCACACAUAUGCAUACAGCCCAGACGCUGCUCCGGGGCACAGCUGAUGACCUGGAAUUGGUGUCGUGGCUCUGCGAGCGGAUCUGGGUGCUGCAGGGGAACUUCACGGCGGAAGACGGCUAUGCCGCGGCGCGGUUGAGUAUCGGGGAGAUGUUGAAGUCGGGGACGACGUGUUUCUUGGAGAGCAUGUUCGCCGAUCGGUACGGAUUCGAUGGCCUAUGUCGGGCCGUCGAGGAGAGUGGGAUCCGCGGUUGCCUCGGCAAAAUCGUCAUGGAUAUCGCGCGGUAUGCGCAAGACGAUGCAUGGGCGAUGCACCCCGGCCUCGUGGAAGACCGGCAGACAUCUCUACUGGGCACGCUGCAGAUGUGGGAGAAGUGGAACGGCAAGGCAAAUGACCGCAUCCGCGUGUGGUUUGGCGCGCGUACACCGGGAGGUGUGUCUGACAGUCUGUACCGCGAGAUGACCGCCCUGUCCCGGCAGAAGAACAUCCCCAUCACGAUGCACUGCGCCGAAGUCCGCGCUGACCGCGACUUCUUCGCCUCGGUCAAGCACACCCCCAUGUCCUACUGCGCCUCCGUCGGCCUGCUCUCCCCGUCCACCGUCUUGGUGCACAUGGUCCACCUGGAUGACGCGGACAUUGCCACGCUGGCCGCGUCCGGCACCCACGUCGCGCACUGCCCGACCUCCAACGCCAAGCUGGCGUCGGGGAUCUGCCGCGUGCCAGACCUGCAACAGGCGGGCGUCAAUAUCGGCCUCGGCACGGACGGUGCCCCCUGCAACAACACGUGCGAUCUCCUGCAGGAGAUGAAACUGGCGGGUAUCAUCCACAAGAGCGUCUCGUACGAUCCGACGGCGGUGCCGGCGGAGACCGUGCUGGAGAUGGCGACCAUCAACGGCGCGCGCGCGCUGGGCCUCGACGACCGCAUCGGCAGCCUGGAGGUGGGUAAAAAGGCGGAUUUUGUGGCGAUUGAUACGCGGAGGAUUCACCUCCAGCCGUGGUUUAACCCCGUCAGCGCGGUGGUCUACACGGCGACGGGCAGGGAUGUCGAUGUCGUGGUCGUGGAUGGGCGGAUGCUGGUUCGGAACGGGGAGCUGUUGACUAUGGACGAGGCAGAGGUCGUGCGCGAGGCACAGAAACGUAGUCGGGAGGUGGUGGCUCGGGCUGGCUUGACGGAGCGUCUGCAGCCUCGCUGGCCGGUGGAGUAG